GGGAGGUGUUGAACCAGACAGAACAUGCCUUCUGCAAACUAUGGACAAGAAAGGUUCUUUAGAGACACUAGAGUUGAGGCAAUAGUGACCUCCCAGUUGACUUGGUGUCGUUCCUGAAAUGUAUUUCGCAUUCAUUAUAGCAACAACAGCUGGAGCUAUUGCCACACUUGCUGCUGCUGCAGUGACAGCGGUGCUGAUAGUGAAAGGUCUGAAUACCUUAAGGGACAUAAAUACAGACAAGGGUACUCAACAUGCGGAUAAAACCUCCGUGCCUAGUUCCAGGAUAGAACAGGAAGCACACAAAAACUUGGACAAGGUGGACCAGGGCUUACACGAGGAACCGGAUACGGGUCAGCAGAUACAUGAAGAACUGGACCCUAAGGAAGUGGGGACAAAGGAGGGGCCGGAUGAGAAAGAGCGGAGUUCGCACCGGGAUGUGCAUGGAAAGGAGCAGGGCCGCCAGCCUUCGAGUCGCAGUGCCCACAGAGGCGGCCCGCAGCGGGACGCGGUCCCCGCAGCCCGACGAGGAGGCGGGAUGUCGGUGGUGGGCAUUGACCUCGGCUUCCUCAACUGCUACAUCGCGGUGGCGAGGAGCGGCGGCAUCGAGACCAUCGCCAACGAGUACAGCGACAGGUGCACGCCGGCCUGUAUAUCUUUGGGAUCCAGAACUCGAGCCAUUGGAAAUGCAGCAAAGAGCCAGAUAGUCACAAAUGUAAGAAAUACAAUUCAUGGAUUCAAAAAGCUUCAUGGACGAUCAUUUGAUGACCCAAUUGUGCAAACUGAGAGAGUCAGGCUUCCCUAUGAACUGCAAAAGAUGCCAAAUGGAAGUGCAGGAGUAAAGGUUCGGUACCUGGAGGAAGAGAGACCCUUUGCAAUUGAACAAGUCACCGGGAUGUUGUUGGCUAAGCUUAAAGAGACCUCAGAAAAUGCCCUGAAGAAGCCAGUGGCUGACUGUGUGAUCUCGAUCCCGAGCUUUUUCACUGAUGCAGAGAGAAGGUCCGUGAUGGCUGCAGCUCAGGUUGCAGGCCUAAAUUGUCUGAGGCUGAUGAACGAAACAACUGCAGUUGCACUGGCAUAUGGAAUUUAUAAACAGGAUCUUCCUUCAUUAGAUGAGAAACCAAGGAAUGUUGUGUUUAUUGACAUGGGACAUUCUGCCUACCAGGUCUCUGUUUGUGCUUUCAACAAAGGAAAACUUAAAGUGUUGGCUACUACCUUUGACCCAUAUCUGGGUGGUAGGAACUUUGAUGAAGCUUUAGUGGACUACUUCUGUGAUGAAUUCAAGACCAAAUAUAAAAUAAAUGUCAAGGAGAACUCUCGGGCCUUGUUACGGCUGUAUCAGGAGUGUGAGAAACUGAAGAAGCUGAUGAGUGCAAAUGCUUCAGAUCUUCCCUUGAACAUUGAAUGUUUCAUGAAUGACCUUGAUGUUUCUAGUAAGAUGAACAGGGCUCAAUUUGAACAGUUGUGUGCUUCCCUCUUGGCCAGGGUUGAACCACCUUUAAUAGCAGUAAUGGACCAAGCUAACUUACAACGUGAAGACAUAAACAGCAUAGAAAUUGUAGGAGGGGCCACUCGGAUUCCUGCAGUCAAGGAACAAGUCUCUAGGUUCUUUCUGAAAGAUAUCAGUACCACACUAAAUGCUGAUGAAGCCGUUGCCAGAGGAUGUGCAUUGCAGUGUGCGAUUCUCUCACCAGCAUUUAAAGUGCGUGAAUUUUCCAUAACAGACCUUGUCCCCUACUCAAUCACAUUAAGGUGGAAGACUUCUUUUGAAGAAGGGACUGGGGAAUGUGAAGUCUUCUCUAAGAACCAUCCUGCCCCAUUCUCAAAAGUCAUAACUUUCCACAAGAAGGAACCAUUUGAACUAGAAGCAUUUUAUACUAAUUUGCAUGAAGUGCCUUAUCCUGAUCCAAGAAUUGGGAACUUCACUAUUCAGAAUGUUUUCCCACAGUCUGAUGGUGAUAGUUCUAAAGUAAAAGUUAAAGUUCGUAUUAACAUCCAUGGAAUCUUCAGUGUGGCCAGUGCAUCAGUGAUUGAGAAGCAGAAUCUGGAAGGUGAUCACAAUGAUGCCCCUAUGGAAACAGAAACUUCAUCUAAGAAUGACAACAAAGAUGAUGUGGACAAAAUGCAGGUUGACCAAGAAGAAGGAGGUCAUCAAAAAUGUCAUGCUGAACACACCCCAGAAGAGGAGAUUGACCACACUGGGGCCAAGACAAAGUCACCUCCUUCAGACAAGCAAGACCGCAUAAAUCAGACUAUUAAAAAAGGGAAAGUCAAGAGUAUUGAUCUACCCAUUCAGAGUAGCCUGUACAGACAACUGACCCAAGAUCUUCUCAAUAGCUACAUUGAAAAUGAGGGGAAGAUGAUAAUGCAGGAUAAAUUAGAGAAAGAAAGAAAUGAUGCUAAAAAUGCUGUUGAAGAAUACGUCUACGAUUUCAGAGACAAACUGGGCACUGUCUAUGAAAAGUUCAUCACUCCAGAAGACAUGAAUAAGCUGUCUGCAAUAUUGGAAGACACAGAAAAUUGGCUUUAUGAAGAAGGAGAGGACCAACCUAAACAAGUUUAUGUGGAUAAGCUUCAGGAGCUAAAGAAAUAUGGCCAGCCCAUUCAGAUGAAGUAUGUGGAGCAUGAGGAGAGACCCAAAGCUUUAAACGACUUGGGCAAAAAGAUUCAGCUUGUCCUGAAAGUGAUAGAAGCACACAGAAAUAAGGAUGAAAGAUAUGAUCAUCUGGAUCCUGCUGAAAUGGAAAAAGUUGAAAAGUACAUCAGUGACUCCAUGAAUUGGCUGAACAGUAAGAUGAAUGCACAGAACAAAUUAAGUCUUACUCAAGAUCCUGUGGUAAAAGUGUCAGAAAUAGUUGCAAAAUCAAAGGAACUGGAUAAUUUCUGUAACUCCAUCGUUUAUAAGCCGAAACCAAAAGUAGAAGUUCCUGAAGACAAAGCAAAAGCUAACAAUGAACACAAUGGACCAAUGGAUGGACAGAGUGGUACAGAGACCAACCCAGAUCCAGCAAAAGGCAGUUCUCAGCAUGCUGAAUCUGGAGAGAUGGACGUGGACUAAGUUUCAUGUAAUUCCAACAGUGGGAUAACUACAGGGUCCAUUCAUCCUUUACACCCGGUACACACAACAUAUGUUCAGUUGUUCUUAACUACUUUUGUCAUUUGUUUUUUGGAGUAGUUUUGAAAAGUGUCUAUAUUGAGUGCACUGUUGAUGCCCAUUGCUGCUGUGAAGCUUUAGCUGAAUAUAGAUGUACAAAUCAGUUUGAGCUCUCCUCACAUACUUUGUGUCAGUGUGCAGGACUGCUAUGUACUCGGCAUCCAUCUACCUUAGUCACAGCUUGUACUUGCAUAGCCCUCAGCUCCUCUAUGCAGAAAAAAAACACUGCAUUGCUCUUUUGUUGCAGAGGCAGGGGGUUGAAUGCAUUGUUAUUGUGAAAACAAAUUGAAUUUCAUGUGGUUUAGAGCCACCAGCACUGACCUUUUCCUAGUUUCCAUAUUGUUAUCAUUUAAAUAUUAAAACAAAUGAGAGGUUCUGACAUACUAGUCCAUCUCACUGACGCGCCUCAAGAACUCCAGUCUUAUCACAUAAAUGAACAUAAUGAGUCAGAAAGAGACAGUGCAGAGUUUGACAUUCAGAUGAUACAAGCAUUUGCUGCUUUUGUUAGUAGAAUGGAUUGACUCAGAGUAACUUUUCACUUGAAACUGUUGAUUUACUUGUCCUGAAGACCAGCUGCUGCUACACUAACGCUAAGCCUAUACCUUCAUGUUAUGGGGAAGCACUGUUGACCUGUUCAGAUGUGCAUCUGGGUUGCUGAUGGGCUUAGUUCAGUUUUUAUAGUUGUGUUGGUUUUAAUUAAUUUUUGUUAAUAAUACCUUAAUCUGGGGUAGGGAGAAAUUGCACACUGCAUUGCAUUAUAUAUACCUAUCACUGAUUUAAUGUUCAAAUGUAGAUAGACACUAUUAAAUAAGCAGUAAUUCCUGAGAAGGAGUACCUGUACCUUAAGUCUUAGAAAAUAAUGCUUGUAAUAAACUUAACUGUGUUACAUCAGUAGGCAAAAUACACAAUGUUACAUAGUGUAAUAUGAUAUGAUGUGAUUAAAUUAUAGUUCCUGCUGUUAAAUUGCCUUUUGAAAACUUGGCUCCAGGUUUGGUGCUUCUUAAAUGGGAAAAGGCACAGUGUACUUCAGCUAUAUUAAGGAACUGGUCUGGGUUUAUCACCAGACUUGUUCACACCAUUCAGCUCUAUCCUGAGGCUUGGAACUGUUUGUUUAACCAUGGGGAGGGCUGGAAUGAUGUUAAAAUCUUUAAGGGAAAGAAGCAAGACAAAUGCAUAAGCCCUUGUGUUCCUAAUGCCAGUUUACUGAAGAUCAGCUUCAGUUAAAAUUUUCAAAGGCUCUUUCCCCAAAGCUAAAUCUUUAUAUUAAACACAAUACUGACUUAAGUAGUUGAAGACUGAGAGUAUACUAUCUUCAGGGAUAGUCAUUUCUCAAAUGAGUUCUCUAAUAGAGAUUUUGUUCCUACAAUGUAGUCUGCACUGAGAGUGUAGGAGGGUGGGUGGUCAUUUUGUAGGAAUUUUUAUUAAGCUUUUGGGGGAGGAGAUAUCAUUCCUUUUUAUUAAGAAAGCAUACAGUCACAACAUAUUUUAAAUGUCUAUAUCUUUUAUUAAAGUGGAAUAAUUAGAUUUAAUAAAUGAAGAAAUACAUUUUAAGUAGCUAUCAGUUACUUUUCAUUUAUAUGGUGAAUAUAUACAUAGGUCCAUUAAAAAAAUCAUGGUUGUGAAGGGAAUAUGUGACCACAGAGAGAUUUUAUAGCUGCUUCUUGGUUAACACUUGCACUCACUCAGUAAGAAACCUGUUGGAAGUAGCAGGAACAUCUCUCCCAGCACCUGAAUGUUCAGCAGAGCCUCACAUUUUCCAUCCUGCUCUUAAGUCACUUUCAGUAGUUUAAUGUUUUAGUCAGAUAAAACACAUUUUUGUAAUUAUAUAAUGUCUUGUUUAAUAAGUUAAAUAUAUCCAAAGAUAAUCUAUACUUUUCUAAUUAAUUUUAUGUGAAUGUUAAAAGAACAAAAACAAAACCCAGUUUAUGGAAUUUAAAGGAAGACAAAUGCAUUCCCCUUAGUAGACAAUAUGAUUCUGUAAUAAGCAUUGAAGUAGGUGAUUCUAGAUCCCAGACACUUCAAAACAAAAAAGUGCAAUUUUAAAGAAUAAAUAGUCAAAGCAAUGUUACCAUUCAUUACAUUAUUAAAGAAGGGUAGGAAUCAAAAGUUUCUUAGUAUCGUUUAAUUCUGAAAAUACAAAUCAUCUUCCUUUAAGAAGCCAACCCUUAAGCGGGGCAGUAGUGGUGUACACCUCUAGUUCCAACACUCAGAAGACAAGGGCAGGUGAAUCUCUGAGUUUGAGGACAGCCUACCUGAUCUACAAAGCAAGUUCCAGGAUAGCCAGAGCUACACAGAGAAACGGUCUCGAACCCCUCCAUUACCCCAAAAAGAUGUCAACCUUUACCAAUUAUACUGUGUUUAUACAAAGACUGUUAAAUGGUACCCCCCCCCAAAAAAAGAAUGAUGUGCAAACACAAGGUGCAAGCACCCAGGAGACCUUUGUCUUCAGAAGGAGUCUGAACUCCUGGCCAGGCUGGGCUACACUGACAUCCUACCUCAAAAAAACAAAUUUGCUUUGAUUCUUUAGCAGUAUACAGAAUCCUUAAAUUCUGAAAAAAUAGAAACAUUCUAUCAAAUAGCUCAGGUGCUGGAAUAACAGAUGUCAGUUUUAAAACAGUAACCAGGUAUUUGCUGUGAACAAAUGAACUUUAUUUGGGUGGGGAAGGACAAGUUUUAGUGUUUGUGAUUAUUUCCUAACCAGACAUCUUUAAUUAUGGAGCUCAAUACUCAGUUUAAAGAUACUAUUAAGCCAGUCAUGGUGGCAAAUGCCUUUUAUCCUAGCACUCCUGAGGCAGAGACAGACUGAUCUCCGAGUUCAGGCCAGCCAGGUCUACAUAGUGAGCUCUAUUAGACAGCAAUUAACACCUCUGUGACUUGUGAGAAAUCUACCUGAAAUGAUGGAUUUGACAGAGUAACUGGAUCAGUGUGACCUAAAAUAGGUAAAGCCAUUGUUUAAUUCUCAUGCAAUGAAAUGUAAUGGUGACCCUUGAAAUAGUUCCAGAAGGAAUUUCCAUGUGGUUUUGAGAGCUGGAGGUUGAUAACUCAUACAAAUUAUGUCCUUUAUACUAAUUUUAGGUUUGGGGGCAGGGACACCUCUGAGGCAGAGAGGGCCUCACUAACAUUCUUAAUACUGUGUGGAUCACUAAGUACCUCCCAAAAAGUGCUGUAUUUUAGAAUCUUAAAUGAGCAGAAAAAUAUGACUCAAUCUGUCAAUUUUUGGAAUUUUACAGCAAAAACUAUAUUUUAGCUAUAUAUACAAUUUGUUUUGUGAUAUUCGACUAUAAAAUUUAAAGAGCUAAUUAGCUGAUCUUUUAAUUGGUAUCUGAAGAUGAAGAUGACUUAACAAGAAACAGAGGUUCUUAGUUCAUAGAUUUUAGUUUUAAUAAUUGUUACCCACUUUCUUGAUGUUAUAUUUUUAACAAAUCUUUAGCAAACCAAUCAUAAAGCAGCCAGGAAAUUUUAGAGGACAAGACUUUCUGACCAAAAGAUUAUCAAGUUUAAACAUUUCUUUAUGGGUUGUUGUCAAGAUUUAAUCUAAAUAUUUUUAAAGCAAUUCCAAGGAAGCCGAAGAUUUUCUUUUGAUUAAAAAGUAGCAAAUUCAGUAUAAAUUAAAGACCAAUAUUUUAACUAAAAAUUGUAACUGUUUAACUAUCACAUCUAUCUUUAAAGUACACAAAAUUAAAUUCUUGGGUCUGGAAAGAUGGUUCAGCAGUUAAGAUCACUGUCUGCUCUUCACUGAGGAUCAGGAUUCAGUUCCCACCACCCAUAUGCAGGCUCACAACCAUCUGUAACUCCAGUGUCAGGGGAUCAGUUGCCACCUUCUGUCCUCAGCAAGCACAAACAUAACACUCAGGCAAAUAUUCACACACAUAAAAAUCUCAGAAUAAUUUAUUAUUUAUAUAUUCAAUGUCUCCAAACAAAACUGGGCUUACAGUGCUGCCAAGCUUCAUGGUGUCUUAGUCUCUGUUCUAUUGCAGUAAAGAGACAUCACGACAAAGACAACUCUUAAAAAAGAAAGCGUUUAGUUGGGAACUUGCUUACAGUUUCAGAGGUGAGUCCAUUUACCUGGUAGCAGAGUAGAUAGAGUUACAUCCUGAAUCACAGGGAGCAGACAGAGAGACUGGACCUGACUUGGGCUUUUGAAACCUCAAAGCCCACCACCCAGUGACACACUUCCUCCAACAAGGCCAUACAUCCUAAUCCUUCCAAUUCUUCCAAUCCUCCUUAAACUGUUCCACUCCCUGGUGACCAAGCAUUCAAAUAUAUGAGCCCAUGGGGACAAAUCUCAUUUAAACAAGCAAACAUGGCUAAAUUCUUACUAUUUUAAGCAGUAAGAAUGUUGAAAAUCAAACUGCUUCAAAGGAAAGUUGUGAUCAGCAUUUUAUAGCUGCAAAAGUUUCCUUACCUUCUGGAUUCUUAAGGAUGUAAAUAGUAACAGAUAUAUUGAAUAACAAUAUAUUGAAACCAGGAGCUUUCAAAUCAAGGAGUCAAGAGAAUAACUAAAUCUAUGAUCAUCUGAUGUAUGACAUACGAUGUAGUUAAAUCCAUGGUAAUGAGAAUAACACGACCCUUGCUUCGAGUAUCAAGUCACAGGAUGAUUUGAUUAAAGAAACACAUUGAGACCCUAAAAUGUAUAUCCUAUAAGGAGACAGUGAGAUAAAACAUGUCUUAAAUUAUAUUUUGGCAUCUAAAUAACAUUUCACAAUCGAUGGUAUGUAAAAUGUCAUUUAGAUGGCCAGUGUGUUCAAAUGCAUUUCUCUUUUAAAAUCUUGAUUUUUCCUUUAACUCCUCUCUUUCACGAUACUGAAAGAGUGCAUUUUGUCACUCUGAUGAUUAAAUUAGCAAUUUAGAUAAGUUUAGGAGCUUCUCUCCCCUCAUUUUUGAGACUAGGUCUAGAUAUGUAGACCAGGCUAGCCUCCAACUUGUAAUCCUCAUGCCUCAGUCUUCAGUGCUGGAAUUACAGGUGUGUGUCACCACGACCAGACCUUUGUUUCCUUUUUAAUACUAAGUCUUACAUGUUAAGAUUUGGGGCUCUUAACUCAAAUGAAACAAACCAGCUUAUACAUUUCCAUAUUCAACAUCUCCAGUUUUAAUAGCACCACUGAAUAGAUUCUCCAUCUUUUGGGUGUUAAGUAAUAUGAAGUAGUUCUGGACCAAAAGAAGUCAGUUUGUGAGUGUUGUCUGUCAAGUAUGACAAUAACAAGGAUCAUCAGAAAGUUUGAUUCUUUGAUGCUUUCUCAUUAAAACUAAGCAUUAUACAUCUUUCUAGGUAUUAUUUUUAGUCUCUUAAGUUUGUUCCUUCUCAGAAAUUAAGUGAAAACACUUUUAAAAUCAUGUCAGCCUGCUUAGACUGUAGAUGUUAAAAAGCAAUUUAAAAUGAAAACUAGAUACUCUUGUGGCUCAGUGUCUUGGAAGGAGUAUCCUAGCAUCAGCUGGUCACCUCUUAGAUUUGGUAGGAAGAGGCCACUGUUACUUAACAUCAUACUACACAGAAACAGUUUGUAAAGGAAGCUAUACUAAAUUGUUCAGUUCUGGUAAAAUGGUAUUUCAGUCAUCUUCAUAACCAUUAUAACUAUGUAUAAAGUGACUCUACUCCAGUCAUUCCUGUAAGAUAACUUUUGACAGUUUAAUUCUUAGUAACUUUCUUAGUUUCCUUCCUUUUAGAACUGUACAUUUGAUUUCUCAAUUCUGUUUGCAAUGCAGAAAAUUAUAAUCAAAUGUGGCAUGUCUAUAAAAAUAAUUUUGUUUGACAUAAUAGACCAUUACCUUCAAUGAACAGACAUAAGAAUGGCUUUCAAUGUCAACUGAUAAUAUUCUACAAAUAUCAUUUUGGAAUAUGACUUUGGUUCACAAAAAUAUCCACAAAAUGUUUGCAUAUGGAAUGAUCAAAGCAUAUAAAACAUUUCCAAUGUAUGUAAAUUGCAUCUUCAUACUAGCAAACAAAUAACAAUUGAUAAUAAAUGCAAUUCAUUUUUGGAUGUCAGUUCACAUUGUCAAGAAGUCAUGUAAUAAUAAUAAAUACAUAUUCUACCUACUCCUUGAAACCUGAGUUUUGCACACCAGAGGUUUAAUUUUCAAGUGUUGAACUCUAAUCAUUGCAUUGCAUGAAACACUGAGGACAGGUCACCAAAUUAUUUUAAAGAAAUUUACAUAGCAAUGAGAGUUUUUGAGUUACCUGGCAAGAUUUGCAAACUUUUUUUUGUUUUUUUUU